AAUAGCUGUUGAUUUUAUGCCAGCGAACCCAAAAGCUGCUUCAGACUAAUAUUUAGAGAAAUAAGUGCAGGAAACAGCAGGAUAAUGAGUGCUGCUCAGAGUCAGUCAACGCUGAAGGCCAAACUGAAGGCUCUGCAGUGUCAUUUCACCUGGGACAUUGAGCCCAACAGCAAACUUUUCCGUAUCAAGGACAAGCUGGAGGACAUCGGCACUGACGAGGGAAACACCUGGCUGGGUCACAUUUACAACCUGCAGGGGUACAUUCACUACCAGCUGAGCAUUCAGUACCAGCAGAGCUCCACUGAAGACGCCCGACGUUUCUUCAGCAAGGCCACAGAGGCCUUCCGCCGGUCGAGAAACACUGUCUCAGAUGAAGGUCCCUGGUUGUUGGUGAAUUACGGGAACCUGGCUUGGCUGCACCACCACCUGGGAGAGGAAGAAGAGAGUCAGACUUACUUGUCAAAGGUCAACGCCCUGCUGAAAGAAUACCCAUCUCCAUCCCAGGACGAGCUCCAUCCAGAGAUCUACGCUGAAAAAGCCUGGACUCUGAUGAAGUUCGAUAAAGACCAAUACCCUCUGGCUGCAGAUUACUUCCAGAGAGCCAUCAGGAUGCAGCCAGACAUGGUGGAGUGGAACUCCAGUCAUGUCAUAGCAUUAGUGAAGGCUUAUAAGUACAGCAACUCUCUGGAGGAAGAAAUUUUGGAGAAAAUGAAAAUGGCCACAGAACAGGAUCCAGAGAACUUGUACCUUGCCGGUCACUACCUCGAGCAGCGUGCUAUGAAAGAAGAAAGAAUUGAAGAUGAGGCACAUGAGUUAGCCAGAGAGGUUUUGAGAAAUCCUGUCAGCAGCUACAGUGGUCUGAAAGAGUUAUUAUGGAUUUACAGAAAAUAUGUGUCUGUUGAUGAGGCUAUUGAUUUGGCAGAGGAGGCUCUGGAAAAACAUCCAGAUAAACGUUUCCUGAAGUGGUGUGCUGCACUCUGCUACGAAUGGAGGAUCCUUCUCGAUAGGGACAGUCGUGUAAAGCAAAGUACAAUAGACAGAGCAAUCAGUCUCCAUAGGGAAGUGAUUUCUCUUUACCCUCAACAAUCAACAUCACUUCUGAAGAAAAUAGCCCUCGCAAAUAUAUAUGCAAAGUCAAAUUAUGGCCUGGCUGAAGCUGAGAAGAUUUACCAGGAACUGCUAGUAAGCAAUCUGGAACCUGCAGAGAAACAGAUGCUUUACCACUACUACGCAAAAUACUUACAGGUUCAUCGACGAGAUUACAACAGGUCAGAAGAAUAUUACAUGAAGGCUGCAAAGAUACCGCAAAAAUCCUUCUUUCGAGCGAACAGCAUCAAAGUUCUGAUGAGGAUUAAAGAAACAAACAGGAGCCGAAGGCCUAGAGAAUUAGAGGAGUCCCUGGCCAACCUGGAGGUCUAGAAAAUCCUA